AUGCAUAAAUGGGAUCGCCAUCCCUUGUUUGCUGCCCUUACCCCUCAUGUAGGAUUGCCCCGACCUUCAGGACUUCCAAUCCAACCGCUACGACAGAAAUCAAGUGUCCCAACGUCGGGAUCUGUGGCUAUGGAAAAGUCGACCGAAGACUGUACUCAUAUGGAAGAGGCUAAGGUCCCUGGUGACCCUCCCGACAAUGCUGCAGUCGCACGGAAGAUUGAUCGGCGGAUCCUACCCUUUGUUGCUGUGAUCUAUCUCCUCUGCUACCUCGAUAGGUCAAACAUUGGUCAGCAUACCGACAAGACAUUCACUAUCAUCACUAAGUGGCGACAGGCAACGCAAAGGUCCUCAACAAAGACACGUCCGACGAUCUAA